GUUGGGUUUGGGUUCAGGUUAGGAUUUGCACAGCAGGUCUUGGGAUAUCAUUUAACUGUCCACGCCGACGAGGUCAAGGCGGCGGAGGCCACAGACAGGAUACAUGUACCUGGUGCUCUACCUCAUGAGCAAGCGCAGAGUCCUCUACACUGGCGCGUCUUGGGUAGGGGCGGAGGGAAAGGCUGUUACUGCUGGGGUUGCGUCGCCGGACACAUGUUGUGCAGGCCUUGGGAUAUCAUUUAACUGUCGUGAGUUGGUUCGUUUGAAGUGUAUUUCUAGUUGGGGCCUUUGCGUGCCUAGCUGCGGGUGUUACGGGUGGGUAACAAGGGCGCAUUGGGUGGAUGGUGCUUGGGUUUGGGCUUGGGCUUAUUUGGGUUGUGGGAAUCUACCUUCUCGGUCAUGAUCGUGGUUGGGGUUUUCUAAAGUCUACACAGUAAGGGAGGUGAAAAACAGACAAGACGUUGGAAUUCCCGUGAGGGUUGACGGCUAGAUAAAUGAAUGAG